CGCCAUUGAUGUUGGUGAGUGUCUUCUAAAUUAAGACUCGAGGAUACGAGGAACGUCUGUGGACAUUUAGGCUUUGCAUCCUGGCAGCGAACGCAAGAAAUUUACGUAUGCGUGACCAUCAAGACGACUGCGAUAGUCUUCAGAGACAGCCCGUGCAGCUAAACAGCCGACGGUCCUAGACUCCAUCAACUCAUCCACGCGGCAGGCGAACCGAAUCUCAAGGGCUCGGUAGAGGGCCGAGAGAAGCUGUGACAAUGUCAACACCCUCGACCAAACCGACACAACUAAGCCUCUCACUCUCGACCCUCCUCCCCACACAUCCAUUCCCCUUGCCAGAGCCCCUCCUCAACCUCGCAACAUCUCUCCUCGCACAGUCCCGACAGCGGGCUCCACGGCUCAAGACGGAAGAGGAAGUCGCACGAACAUUCGCCUGCGCACACAUUGCCUGCGAGCGACUUCGAAAUCGACUGAAUCUCGACCUCGUCAGUGAGAACAAGGUCAAGCCGCCCGCGCCGCCACGCGUUUAUCGCAAGCUCAAGGGCUAUCUGGAUGGCGUCCUAGGCAGCAGCAAGGCGAGCACUGGCGUCACCAAUGUCCAGGACUUUCGAAGUGGCGUCUCAGCCCCUACGACUCCAUCUGGAAGAAGCGCGACCGCGAACAAUACGCCGAACAAAAAUGCCGAGACUCCCACGAGGACGCCUACUUCCACCCUUGGGAAACGCGUGCGGGAGCCGGAAUCCCAGGCGAAUCUGGACUUCGCCAUGCCCAUGAUCAGGCACUUGUGCAAGACGUGCGGCCUGCCCGGUGCAGCACCGCACGUGUUCGUCGGAACUUCGACUGUCGCCAACGAAAUCGGCUCGCGUAGUCUAGGGGGCGGGUCUGCUGCGAAGCGACGCCGCAGGACACCCCAACGCGGCAAGGACUCGCCAGCCGUUGUGGAAGCGCAAACGCUGCCAGCCACUGGCGUCUCCCUGACCAAAUGGCCCGCACUGUUGACGACCAUGUAUUUGAUAUCGGCGAGCAAGAUGCUCGGCGUCGAGCUCGAUGAUGACAAGGUUCAACAGUGGCGGGCCAAAGCAGUCGACACUGUGGCGAAAUACCUUGAGGGCAACGCUGCCAAACUGCCUGCUGGCUUAGACGCAGAAGUCGCCCAGCUAGACACCGCGGUCGGCUUUUACCUACUCGAGGCCGAGGACAGCGGCUGGCUGAACAUGGAAUGGUAUCAGAAUGUCCCCGCGACAAGCAACCUGCUUGACGAGGACGACGAGAGCGGCGAUGAUGACGAAGGCGACGAAGGCGGUGCCCUGGAUGGGGAGCCCACCGAUGCCGGCGGCAGAGACGCCUCCCUCGGCAGACGCAAGCAUCCCGCCAAGACGCCUCUGCGACGCAGCGAGAAGCACGGCGCUGCGAACCGGCGAUUCCUCGACGAUGGGCGAGAAGACCCAGGGGCGGCGGGAUUGCUACCGGGGCUGGCCACGAUGUUCCAGCCAGCAGUAGAUUGGCUGAGCGAUGAGCGUCGAGCAGAUUUCGCGACGUGGAAAGAGGCGCUCCUGAGGGAGCUGAGGGUGCUGGAGCAAAGCGCUUGAUUUCAUGUUUCUUGAUGAUAAUGAUUUAUAGCUAUUAAAAGAACCAACCAAGGGUAUAUAGAAACCUCUCUCUC